AUGAAGAAGCACUUUGGGGUUGUUUUGUUCAGGAUCCUGGAACUUUGUGUGAAACAGACAGUGGCAGGGGUGUGGUGUGGUUUGGGGGCGAUUUUUCUUUUACAGAAGAUGGAACACAGAUGUGGACACAUAUCCGGAAGUUGCAGCUGCUUCAAUGCCUUCCUGGCCCUCCUCCUCCCUCGCUUUCUCCCUGCUCUUUUGCAUUCUCUCUGGCUGCCUGGGAGGAAUCUUGAGUGGCCAGGGGACUUGGAAGAAGACGCUUGGAGUCUUACCAUCUGUACCUUCUUCUCCUCCCAGUCUCCACCCUAG